CUGGUCAGUGGGGGCCUGGUCACUGGGAUCCUGGUUAGCGGGGUCCGGUCAUUAAAGGUCUGUUCAGUAAGGACCUGGUCAGUUGGAACCUUGUCAGCUGGGGCCUGGUCAGUGGAGGGCUGCUGAGUGGGGUCCUUGUCAGUUGAGCCUCGUCAGUGGAGGUCUGGUCAGUGGCAUCCUACACAGACCCAGGCCCAGGGGAUGCCCAAUGCUGGGAGGAGGCUCAGACAGCAGGAAGGAGAGAAGGAAGGAAGGAACUUCCAUAGUACCGAUGGCUACGAAGUUACAACACGUGGUGCUGUUUCUACUCCAUCGCCAUGUUCGCUCUUUAUUUCCUAUGUAAUUCUCUAUUCAACCGGCCUCAGUUGAGCACAAAAACCAUCCUUGUACCACCAUGAAUAGUUGGCCAUGGCUCUUUGAUAGCAGUUUUUAUUCUGCCGUAGAAAUUAUCCUUGAACCAGAAAAAAAAAUCCCCAAUUCAACACUCCAUCUUUGUGAAGAGCUGGUUCCGAAUUCUGGGUCACUUUUUGGAAAAAAUAUCUGUUGUGGUAAACAGUGCUGCAUCUGUCAUCUCAAGUCUCUACUGGAAUUGGAUAGAGAUGGUGAAUUUCAGCCAGAGCGCCCAAAGAACUCGUGUCCCGCGCUCCUGAACGCCAUCAGCCGCCGCACCUCCAUCUUCCCUCCUCCCACGAGUCUCCUGCUCCCCGUGACUCUGGCCUCCUCGGAGUGUUGCUGGGCCACGUCAGGAAGUGCUGGAGGACGUGGCAUUGCACCAACACCAGGCGGCCAGCCGUGUGGCUCAUCCCGCAAAUCAGGCUCUUCCUGUGCAUGGAGAUGGAGUCCCUCUGGAGGCAGCCCGUGGCCCUAUUCUCGGGCAGGUGGAGCGUGGACACGACUGGGAACUUCACUAGACACGCAUCCAGCCAGUUCAAGGGCUUGUCGCGCCGUGCACCAGCUUGCAGGAGAAAGCCCAACGCCUCGCCAAGCACGAAGGCCUCCCUUCCCGACUUGAUGAAGGCAGAGUAGCGGUUGAGGUUGCGGCUCACAGUGACCGAGCUCCUGCCCACGUGGGGACCCAGGGAGCCGUCGAGCUCCAGGUAUGCACCUCUGCCCAGUGCACCUGGAUUGUUCACCGUCACGGAGCUGCCAUCCCACUUGUCAUCCCAGUCAUCAUCACUGCCCUAGCUGGCCUAGUUGCCACCAAGGAGCUGCUGAGGCCAUGGCUUCAGGGCAUCCCUACCGCCUGGAAAUCCUGUGCUGGCUGCUGGAAGGCACUCUGUGGUGGCACCAGCUGCGGCUGCAGUAGCAGCUGGAAAGCACUGAGAGAUGGCUUCAAGGAGGCAGGCAGUGCACCGGGCAGGGCCUUGAAGCCUCUGGGUGGUACAAUGGCCAUGGCACAGUGGGUCAAGGCACAGGGGCAGCCAUGGCACACUGGGCCAGUCCAGGGUUGCAGACCACUUGCACUGCAGAUAUAAGGCCAGGGUUGCUGAGGCCAUGAGCCCCUGCGAGUCAGCCCUUGAUGUCCUGCUCACUACACAGGCUCAGCACUUCAUGUUCUCAUAGAUCACUCUCAAAUUUUCUGCCAUCAAGUGGUACAGCAACUGAAUCCACAGUGCCAUGGGUCCCCUGCGUGGUCAUCCUGGCCACUGUGGAGGCACGUGACACCUCUAGUUCCCCUCCCCUCCCAGGGCUCAGGUUGAGGCCAGGCCCCUCUGAUCCUAGGAAGUGUGCCCUGAGGGUGGGGCUCUGUCCUGCAGGUUGAGUCAGAGGCCGCAAGGCACGCUACUGAUGGCUAGGGCUGCAGGGGUGCCACACUCACCCCUCUCUGGGGAAGUCUUAGAGUGAACGGCGUUCUCAUUAGAGAUGACUUCCCAAGGCCCAAGAGCCAUCUAGGGCUGUGGAGCAGCUAGCCGGGUGCUGCCCUAACUCCUUCCACACCAGGCUGGUCACUGCCCUCCAAGAGGAGUCAGAUGCAGGUGCCAUGUGUAGAGAAAUGUCUCUGGACCUGCCUCUUGGUUAUCAUGGGGCACAGUAGUUUCUGGUGUCUGGGCUCUGAUGAAGCCAUUUAGCCGAUCCAGGGCAGAUGUGGAAGUGACAGGAGUUCAGCAUCCCUGUUCAAGGUCAUACCACAGGAAACACAAGCCCCCAACGCCAGCCUGCUCCAUCGGAAGCUUUGGCAUGGAAUUCCACCAGAGGUACCGCCAGUUCACCCAAGGUCUGUCUUGAGCUAGAGACGGCCUGGCCACACCCUGAGCCCCGGAGGUUCCCAGAGAGCAACCUUCUGCCCUGGGCGCUGCAGAAACCCCCUUUUCAUGCCACUGGGCCUCAGCUUCGGGGACAGCCUGGCCAGGCUAGGGCAAGGGAGGACCAGGCUCCCAUUCCAGAGGAGUCGCCUGCAUGUGCUGCUGGAGCUGGGCGGGUGGGCUAGGGAGGGCCAGCCCAUCCCCCUUGCAGAGAGGCUCAAUGCCGGGAAAUACCCGAAGAGCCCUGGGUGCUGGGGUCCCUCCCUCAAGUUUGGCUGAAGAGAAUGCAGAUGAACCCAGCUUCUCCACCAAACCCAUCAGAUGUCGUCGCAGGGCCGGGUGCACAUCUGGGUCUCUGGAGUCCUUGGGGCCCCUCUGUCCUCCACCCUAGCCUGACACUGAGGACAUCCCUGCAGGCUGCAGAUCCCAGAGCAAGGGGUGUGUGCAGCUGCCUGGGUAUUCCCCUGGGACAGGUAACACAGGCUUCAGGCUGUAUUGCCUCGUAUCCUCAUCCCAGAGCUGUGCGGCCCGGGAUGCAGCCCUGAUUAGGAGCUCAGGUGGGAAGAAGCUCUCACUGUCACCUGGCCCCCUUGCCACCUCACAUGGGGGCCUGUCUCCACAGUAGGUGAGAUGGCCCCAAGCACAGGGUCCCCUCCGCUCUCUGGGGCCAUCCACUCCAUGCCAGGACUGGACCAUUCCCACGCCUGGCUGAACUCUUGGUUCUGGCCCUGGGCCAGAGCUCCUGCCCGUGUCCUCUCCCCGAAACCUCUGGGCCAGAAACACUGAUUCUCCUGUUCACCUGGCAUCCCUGAAGGGGCGCUGUGGAGUGAGGGGACCCUGCUCCUCACGGCAUCUGUUGAUGCUCACAGCGGAGGCAGGGAGCUCGCACAGACCAGAGAGAAUGUAAAAGGUGCAGGGGGCACCCCCGCCUGUCUUGAGCAGCACGUCCAGUACACGUGCACUCAGCACAUCCCCUGAAAACCGGCAGGUCUAUUUGUAGAAGUUUCUCUGUGUAGAGGAGGAAGACGUGUGGGAGGAAGGUCCAGGUAGUAGGGCUGCAGGGACCCAGGCCCCCUCUACUAUCAACUGCCCCAGAGGAUGACUUAGGAGGGGACCUGAUGCUGGAGCCUCCCUAGGGGUGGCAGGUCCCAGUGUCUCCUCGUCAGUUCCUUCAUGCAGACCCGAAAGUGCGUGAGAACCACAUCGUCCUCCAGGGCCCAGGCCUGGGAGAACGUCUCCUGAACCAAUCCUUAUAGUCCAGACUGGGACAUAUUCAUGAGGCACUCUAGGGACAGGGGGGUAGCAUGGAAGGGGUCGGUGCCCACACCCAGGUUUCCACCACAGCUACCUCCCACUGGGAGGUGCUGGGUCCUUUUGCAGCCACCCCUGGCUUCCAGCUGUGUACAGGAGGCCAUAGCCAGGGGGAGGCCUGGGUGAGGAGGUGCCCACCACACUCAUGCCUUUGAUCUGGGUCUUGUCAAGGUGGGUUCCUUGUCUGGGAGGACUCAGUGUCCUGCUCAGCACAACAGGCCCAGCCUGGCCCUCCAGACUGAAGCAAAGGGUCAUGGGGACAGUGUGAGGGUGCUGUCCUUGGGCCAGUCCAGGUCUGUCCUGGGGAGUGGGGCUGGGGGUCUUCCUGGCAUGUUCCUGGAACAGAGUCACCGUGAGGAUGAACAGGAUGACUGUCUGCCCAGUCAGCACAGAACGGGCACCCAGUGAGCACUCGAGGAUGACCCUCCUCGGGCAGCUGCCGCCCACCCAGUAGCGACUGUCCCCAAGUCAGCAGGGAGGGAAGAGAGCAGGUCAUGCUCUCCUAAGUCUGAUCAAGCAGCCGUGCAGAGAUGUGCCUCUCACCUAGAAAAGAGAAAAGCAUCCUUUGGGCAGAACCCACUCACACUGUGUCUCCAACUGCUCUACGACACAGAGCCGGGCAGGUACCUGGGUGUUUGGUAAUGGUGACUUUGUGGGCUCACGGCACCCAUCACAACGGAGCCCUGCAUGGGUCAGCAGGGCCCAGAGACGGCAUCCUCUGCCCCCUUGAACUGUCGACAUGUGUGCGUGCAAUGCGUCUGUGCACUUGAGUGCAGGUGGAUAUGUGCGGGUGCGUGUGAGCGUGUGUCUCUCCUCCGGCCGGCCCUGGCUUCCCCAAUCACGUGUGCCCCCAUGUCCUCAUCACUGUCACCCCAGGGCCUGUGGUCAGCAUCAGAGCAUCCACAGGUGCGCCCCAGCCUCUGCCUUCAGGCAGGGUGGUCCUGGGGAUGCAGGCAGGGCAGGGCAGAGCCGUGGGUGAAACCCCCUCCCUCGGGAGGGACUCAGUGUGUACGGUACUAAAUCUGCAUAGCAGGGCCAUAUUCAAUGCACUUCUCCUCCUCCCAGUAGCUCUCUGGGGUGCAGUUGAUUUCAUCUCCCCUACAAAUGGAAGAAAGGAGGCUUCUAGGACAAACCCCCUGCCUGAGGUCACCCAGCAGCCAGCUGACCUCGUCCUUACUAAGUCCCCACUAACCAGGCCCCCACUGGCCAGGCCCCCACUCACCAGGUCCCCACCCACCAGGUCCUGUUGACUAAGCCGAACUGAUCGUGUUCUGUGCUGACCAAGCCCUGCAGACUGGGUCCCACUGAUCAGGCCCCCCAGUGACCAAGCCACCACUGACCCGGUCCCCCGUGACCAUCUACCCACAGACAAGGGCCCAUCUUCUUAAGUCAACCCAUCUCAGAAAAUGGGUUUGGCCCCAGACCAAAGCCAUUUUCUUAAGUUCCAUGGAGCUCACUAGGGUAUAAAGCCAAGUGGGGAGAGGCUAAGCUUCAGAAUCUGGGCGUUUUCAACAUUUCCAGGUAUUUCCACAUUCUUCACAGUGAUUUCACCAAUGUGCUCUCCCACCAUUGAGGGUUUCUACCUGCCUCCAAAACUGCUGGUGUUGCCAGACUUUUCAUUUAUGUUGGGUGUUGGGUUUGAAAUGCCUCAUGGUGUCUUCUUGUUCCUCAUGACUGGUGAGGUUGGGUGCCCUUGUAUUUUAAUCCUGUGCCAACUGGGUCCCCCCACCCCCACCCCCGCCACUUGCUGUCUCUGCUUCGUAAGGAGAUCUUCUUGCCCGGUCAACUCCGAGGGAUCACAGGUUCAGGGGUGCCCCCAAAAUGAGACACUUAGUGUUUGAUGAAUGAAUGAUGAUGUUGAGGCCAGGAGUGAGAGGAAGGUCAGCAGGCAGACAGGGCCCAUGUGGACAGAAAGGGUUUAUUCCAAGUCCAGACAUGACCAAUAGAGAUAAAAAGGGGGAACAAUUGGAGUAAUCCAUGGGAGGAGGAGUGAGCCUGAAUUUGAAAGAUGGAGAGAACUGGACGUGGAGGAGGGGAGGGAGGAAGGCAGAACAAAGGAAAUAAGCAGCUGUUGACCAAAAUACAUAUGUUAUGAUUCCAUGCAUAUGAUCAAAAUGUGAUCGUGUAAUCAUGCACAUUUCUCAAAUUCAAAUGGACAAGGUAUACGUAGUUUUCCCCAUUCCUCCCACGAAGCACAACUGAAACCCUGGGCCAGACAUCAUACAUAAAAACAUAAGACUCUGAAUAAGAUUCAGCCUUUAAAAACAAGAAAGCUUGUGUUUACGUGGAUGAACCCGGAAGACGUUCAGUGAAAUAAGCCAGGCACAGAAAAACAAAUACUUCCUGUCUCACUUGUGGAAUCUAAAAAGCUGAACUCCCAAGUAGAAUGGUGGCUCCAGGGGCUGAGGGAGGGAGGAGGGACUGAACAGAUGUUGGUCAAAGGGCACAAGAGGAAUUGUUCAACAUGGCGACUCUAGUCAAUGUAUUUUAUUCUUGAAAAAUGCUGAGUAGUCUGGGCGCAGUGGCUCACACCUGUAAUCCUAGCACGCUGGGAGACCGAGGGAGAUCCCUUGAGGCCAGGUGUUUGAGACCAGCCUGGGCGACAUAGUGAGACCUCAUGUCUUUUUUUUUUUUUUUCCAAUAUAAAAAAACUGAAUUGCUGAGCAAAUUUUAAGUGUUCUUACCACGGAAAAAGAGAUAAGCAUGGACGUAUGGUCACGGGUAUGUCAAGGAAAUGUUAAAUUAGCUUGAUUUAGAUAUUUUACGCUGUACGCCUAUGUCAAAACAUGUUCUAUGCAUCAUAUUUACAACUUUGUCAAAAUAAAAAGUGAUUGGGAAAUUGGAUCAAA